AAACCUCUUCAUUCGCUGUUAGUCCUGAUAGUAACUGCAUUUGUCACAGAGGUAAAGGGGAAAAAUGCAAAAUAUGACAACAACCUUCUCAGCCUUUUGCUUUUUGUUUCUUUGCCUGCAACCCAGAGAUGACAUUCGCGGCUCUAGUGAAGGUGGCUCAACCCUCAAAGCGAAAAUGUAAAAUGUGAGUCAGGGAUGUCCUCACAGUGCGGUAUCCUGACAGUGACUGGGAGACACUGCUUUUGCCAGAGAAACAACAGCAUACAAGGUUUGUUCUACACAGCAAACCUUACACCUGUUACUGGAGAGGAUUUAUCUGCCUGCUCCCAGGAGUCAGAGGUAAUUGGGAGAUUCCAGAAAAUGGGAAGAAUGAGUGAUGCAUUUUGGACAACAAAAACAUUUUUACUUUGAAGGUAAUAUCACAGGAAGAAUGCACAAAUAAACAUUUCCAAAGCAGAGAACUUUUCCUGGCCUAGGGAUGUUCAACCAGAACACUAUGGGAAAUGGAACUAUCAGAGCCCCAAAAAGGGAGGACAGCUGCCUCUUUUCCAGGAGGCGUGAGCACUCCUCUGGCGCUUUUAGCAAGUUACAGGAGACAGUGUUACUUCUGGAAGAGGAACUGAGGCAGAGAUGGAAAGAGCUCCAAGAAAAGGAUGAUAGAAUCCUACAGCUGGAGAAGGACCUGGAAAUGAAAGUUACUCAAAUAGACAAGCUGCAGGAUGCUCUUGGGUAUAAUGUUAUUCAAAUGUCCCCAAAGGGCAGUCAAAAAAAGAAGCUUCUUAGUGUUAUAAACCAAGGACCUGCUCAGAACAAUGAGAAAGUGGCAGAGUCCCACAGGCGGCAGAAAGCCAAGGAAGGCGUGUCAGCUGAGCCAACUUCACGACAUUUCUACAGCCCUUCUUCUCAGAACCCUGAUGUCACAUGUGUCAGGAAAGAUUCCAGUGCCAAGAAGCUAAUCACGGGUGCCAUUAUGAGUAAUGACUUUUUAAGGCAGCUUGAGGCUUCACAUGUCAGGUGUAUGGUGGACUGUAUGUAUGAAAGAGUAUAUAGUAAGUCACAGCUUGUAAUUCAAGAGGGGGCAGCCGGAAACCAUCUCUAUGUGCUGGCAGAUGGUUUGCUUGAUGUUAUUCAGAACAGCAGGUUGCUGGGGCAGAUGCAUCCUGGGACUGCUUUUGGAGAACUGGCAAUUCUUUAUAACUGCAAAAGGACUGCAACUGUGAAAGCUGUGACUGAUUCAAAAAUCUGGGUCCUGGACAGGCAGGUUUUCCAGAACAUUAUGAUGAGUUCAGCUCAGGCCCAACACCAAGAGUAUUUCAGCUUCCUGCGCAGUGUUUCUCUUUUAAAAGACUUGCCUGAAGAAAAGUUAUCCAAGAUUGUGGACUGCCUGGAAGUUGAUUUUUAUGACAAAGGGGAUUAUAUCAUCCGAGAAGGAGAAGAGGGUAACACCUUUUUCAUUAUUGCCAAAGGAAAGGUGUGUGUAACACAAGCAGUAGAAGGAUCUCAGGAACCACAAGAAAUUAAGACUUUGGGAGUUGGAGACUAUUUUGGAGAGAAAGCAUUGAUUAGUGAGGAUGUUCGUUCUGCCAACAUCAUUGCUGAAGAGGAUGACACGCAGUGCCUUGUCAUUGACAGAGAUACCUUCAAUCAGAUGGUUGGAACUUACCAAGAGCUACAGACUUACCUUCAGCAGUACGUCUACCAGCUUGCACUUAAUGACCAUGAUAGAAGGAAUGCCAGGCGAAAAAGCCUUCAUCAUUCAAUGUCCCGAGAUAAUUCAGAGGUCAACCAACUGAGAGAAAUAGUUUCUAAAUUCUCCAGCACAUCUCCCUUUCGAUAUUUGGAUGUCAUCACUACUCUUGGAACAGGAGGAUUUGGACGUGUUGAGCUGGUAAAACUCAAAGAUGAAGAUAUGACUUUUGCACUGAAGUGCAUUAAAAAGAAGCAUAUUGUAGAUACACAUCAGCAAGAACACGUAUAUUGGGAGAAGAACAUUUUACAGCAAAUCAACUGCCCCUUCAUCAUCAGGCUCUACAGGACAUUCAGGGAUGCCAAAUAUGUCUACAUGCUUCUGGAGGUGUGUCUAGGAGGGGAGCUCUGGAGCAUUUUGCGAGACACUGGUCCAUUUGAGGAAGGAACGGCACGAUUCUGCACUGGCUGUGUUCUUGAGGCUUUUGAUUACUUGCACAAUAGAGGCAUUGUCUACAGAGACCUUAAGCCUGAGAAUCUUCUUCUUGAUUCCGAAGGAUAUAUAAAAAUGGUGGACUUUGGGUUUGCUAAAAAGAUUGGACCAGGGAAGAAGACUUGGACAUUCUGUGGAACACCUGAAUAUGUGGCUCCAGAAAUAAUUAUGAACAGAGGACAUGAAUUUGGGGCAGAUUACUGGUCACUUGGAAUACUCAUAUAUGAACUACUAACGGGAAGUCCACCUUUCUCUGGAACAGACCCAAUCAAAAUUUAUAACAUGGUGUUGAAAGGUAUCGAGAAAGUAGACUUCCCUCACCGUAUUGGAAGACGCUCUGAAGAUGUCAUCAGGAGGCUUUGCAGGAUAAAUCCUGCAGAAAGAUUAGGAAACCGUAAAAAUGGCAUCAGUGAUAUUCGAAAGCACAAAUGGUAUCAAGGAUUUAAUUGGGAAGGACUUCGAAGCCGAAAGCUGCUCUCUCCAUUAAAGCGAGAGAUCAAGGGAAUCACAGAUCACAGCUAUUUUGACAAUUUCCUCCCUGAAUCCGAAGAACCGCCAGAUGAGCUAUCAGGCUGGGACAAAAAUUUCUAAAAUUUGUAUGGUCCUCUUACUAUUUUGCUGCUAUGUCACUGCUGAUUACAAUCUGACAUCUUUAUCUCAGAUCUCUGGACAAAACCAAAUCUCAGCAGCAAACCCAGCAUUUAAAGAUUCCAGCAAUCCAUUAAUUUUUCAUAUAAAACACAAAUGUUUCAGAUGAUUAUUAUUGUCUUUAAUAAUUUGUCAAGCAGUUGAAAAUAUGCUAUGGAUCUUACAGUGAUCUUACAGAAAGACACGUCGUCU